CCACGCUUAAAAGCAAGAAAACAUCAUGGUGUCAUGCAGUCUGGAAAUAGCAUCUCCCUCUGUGUGAUGUGUGCUUUUAGCUGAGUGGAAGCUCUUCAUGGAGUCAGUCCAGGUCCAGAAACGGCUUGCUGACUUUUCUCUGGAGGCUCACGAUCUUUACCUGAACAAGUCUGUGCCCCACUUGGACGGACCACCUAAGCCGCUGCAAUUCUAUCGCGAUUGGAUUGCUCCAAACAAGCCCUGCAUCAUCCACAAUGCUUACAGCCAUUGGCCAGCUCUGUCCAGGUGGACACCAAAAUACCUCAGGGAGAAGAUCGGGUCAAAGGUGAUCAGCGUGGCAGUGACUCCUAACGGCUAUGCUGAUGCUGUGGUGGGGGAUCGUUUUGUCAUGCCUGAGGAACGACAGAUGAGCUUUUCUUCUGUGCUCGACAUAAUAGAAGGAAUGGUGCAGAAAAAUGGAGUGUUUUACGUCCAGAAGCAGUGUUCCAACCUGCUGCAGGAGCUGCCUGAGCUGGUGGACGACCUGGAGCCUCAUGUUCCCUGGAUGAGCACAGCACUCGGAAAGUCACCAGACGCAGUGAAUUUUUGGCUCGGAGAAGCAAAAGCUAUCACAUCCAUGCACAAAGAUCCCUAUGAGAAUCUGUACUGUGUCAUUUCUGGAGAAAAACACUUCAUCUUGCUGCCGCCCACUGACCGACCCUUCAUCCCUUAUGGUCUGUACCAGUCCGCUGUUUACCAAGAGCAAGAUAGUGGUGAAUUUAACGUCAUCGACAACACAGACUCUCAAAAGGUUCCUUGGAUUCCUCUGGACCCUUUGAACCCAGACUUGGAGCGCUUCCCACAGUACCGGUUGGCCCAGCCACUUUGCUGCACGGUGAAAGCUGGAGAGAUGCUGUACCUGCCAUCUCUGUGGUUCCACCAUGUGCAGCAGUCCCACGGCUGUAUCGCAGUGAAUUUCUGGUACGAUAUGGAGUACGACAUCAAGUACAACUACUUCCAGCUUCUGGAGGCACUGUCUGAAGUCUCUGCAGGUCCUCCUGACAUGGCGGCAGCUUAACGUCACAGCGAGAAAUGAGACAUGCACAGCUGCAAGAACUUUUUCAUGGGGACUUUGGAAAAUGGAGCUUAUAUUUUGAUUGUGAAUUACUUUGCAGCAGCUCAAACUAAUGUAUUCAGUGCACCUUUCCAAAUGACCGUCGACUUUAAAUGACCUUACUUAGGUGUCAGUGAAGGUGUGCAUGCUGCUGCUGUUCUAAAACUAUCUUGUUCUCUAUAUUUUUGACAGUAAAGCCCAACUGUUUCACAGCUGCUAUCAGACCUGAUGAAAUUUACUGAUGUAAAACUGUAAACUAACCUCAAAGAUUUUCCUAAAUAUAUUUUCCUUUUAUCUGCAAAGUUGUUGGACAUCGUCAUUCAGAGGCCAACUCACAUUUUAGGGUAAGAAUGGUCUUAGAUAUUUCACAGAUAGGAAAAGAAUCUACGGUUUGAACCCAAUCAGAAGAUUCUUCAAACUUGUCUUGAAUAAGGGCUAUAGAUAAACCCAUUUUUUAAGUUAAAGUCGAUUCCAAGGUUUUACGUUUUAGGAUAUUAAAAAUUACUCUUGAGCACC